UUUAGGUGCGGUACGAUUCACAUUGCGUCAACUUCAAAAAAGUGUGACCAAAAGAAGUGUUKCGCAUCGACUCUGAGAAUGGUCACAAGCAAUGCAACAGCACAAACAAUACCAUACCUCAGUAUAAAGGUUGGACCCACAGAACAACAYACAAGACAGGAAGAACGCUCCAGUCGGAUCGAUGAGCGAAAAUACCGUUGCUACCGAAGAUCGACGGUCGAGACGGCGACAGCCACAACAGCGAGGAAASCCUUCGUUGCCGACGGAAGAUCCGUUGCCCCGGCAGUCCCUCCUGAUACGGACCACGGGGAUCGCGAGCGGAGGUGAGCGAUGGAGGAACGAUCGAAGAACCACCAACAAGUACGCGGCGAUAGCCUUUGGUGCGCUGGUGGUAUUUUGGGCUGUCUGUUUCGUGCUGCUGGCGGUGCGAGGAGGCGGAAAACUCCGUUUUGGCGAGAACCGGGAGGCCGCUGGGACGACAACGGUCGCGGCGCUGUCUUCGUCCAUGGUGGGCGUCCAUGAUAUAGCGGAGAAGUACCGUUCCGCAAUAGAACACCACCAGCGGGGGAAACUCAUUGCAGAGAUGCAACAGAAGCAACAACAAACUGUCGAGCGAGCCCGAGACAAUAUCUCCGGAAACAGGAAUCUUCGCAAGCCACUGCCUAGGAAAACCGUCUCGAAGCCCCAUUUGGUGUCUCGAAAGCCGAACAACGUUGUGGCGACCGCGUGAGUACUCGGACAGAAACCGAACAGACCUCUUGGUUUUNGAUAGCCUUUGGUGCGCUGGUGGUAUUUUGGGCUGUCUGUUUCGUGCUGCUGGCGGUGCGAGGAGGCGGAAAACUCCGUUUUGGCGAGAACCGGGAGGCCGCUGGGACGACAACGGUCGCGGCGCUGUCUUCGUCCAUGGUGGGCGUCCAUGAUAUAGCGGAGAAGUACCGUUCCGCAAUAGAACACCACCAGCGGGGGAAACUCAUUGCAGAGAUGCAACAGAAGCAACAACAAACUGUCGAGCGAGCCCGAGACAAUAUCUCCGGAAACAGGAAUCUUCGCAAGCCACUGCCUAGGAAAMCCGUCUCGAAGCCCCAUUUGGUGUCUCGAAAGCCGAACAACGUUGUGGCGACCGCGUGAGUACUCGGACAGAAACCGAACAGACCUCUUGGUUUUUAGUGGUUGUCACACCAUUCUGACAAACAACCUUUCGUGUGUUUGUUCUCUCUUUUUCGUCGCACGGGACGUGUUUUGCUGUGGCCUGCAUCGUGCCGAAACCAAAACAGAGACGUUCGCGGAAACCUGGGCCCCGCCUCGGUGGUGGUCCAGGCCAARCCCGGAACCGAUUGGAUCCACGAUCGGUGGCAGGCUGCAUCGGACAUGCACGGAUCAAACAUCCCGGGAGCCCACUGGAUACAGCUGGAGUUCAAGGACGUUGGUGGCGGCGUGGUAGCGGACAAGAUCGUCCUGGACUGGGAGACCGCYUACGCCGACAAGUACGUUCUAGAAGCAUCGCUGGAGCCCUUUGGGAACGGCAACGAACACGACUCGGUAGGAAACGGGAAGCAGCAGCAGCAGGGGACGGUUUGGACCCUGUUCGACGGGAGGAACCCGGGCCACGCCAGGGACAUGAAAUCGGUAUCCGAAUCGGGCCAGAGCCCCGGUGUAGAGGAAAAGCGUCCCCUGCACGUGGUGCACGAGAUUCGGUUGUCCGCUGCCACCGACGAGGCGGUCCGCGCGGUGAGGCGGAGGCCCUUUCGCUACCUGCGGCUGCACAUUUUGAAAUCGAAAACCGGCUGGGGGGUCUCCCUGUGGCAGUUUGAUGUGUACGGAUUCCGCAGCGACGAGUUGCUGACGUCGCGGUAGACAAAUGCYGGCGCGUUGUAAUGUUGAUGAAGGAUGAGAUCCUCGUUYCGCAACGAGGUGGUUCAAACAUGUGCACAGGUGCGGCUCGCCGCCAAAUAACAAAGCCGAUUGAAAAUCGAACAAACGUUUGCUCGAAACUUGUCUAUUUCAUUGUCCUCGGUCACAUUCGAUCGGUACAUCGCUGCUGUCCACUUUGGUGAAUGUUUCCAACAAUCAAAGAGCUCGCACAGUACUAGAAGAGAUYCGAUGAUCGAUAGGAACAGAGGUGACUCCCUACAUCGAUGACGAAGCGCCAUGGACGAAGCAUGACUCGCUUGUGCGCAUAGCAUGUCUUUGUAAGCGCGGAAAAUAAAAUAGCGGAGGUCGUUGCUUCAAUACUGCACCUGAUAAUGCGGUGGCUUACCAUGAAAUCGUCAAAUCAGAUCCAAAAGGGGAUACUUGCACUCCGGCACUCGCACCGCAUUCCUACUCCAUGGACUCUGCCAACCAACUGUCCAAAACCGAAUGACGCAAGUGCAAGAACUUUUUCUUGUCGGAGCGAGGUUUGUUGCUUCUUGUUCUCUGYAUUUCCUUAAGUGUGUUUUUCAUCGAACAGUGAGUCAAAGACGGUCCUUUCUGGGCCCUGGAAUAAUAACUAGAUAAAUGUUUCUUUAGGGUGCAAUAUGCAGUCAACGAAUCUAAUAACAAUAACAAUACUAAUAAUCAAAUAAUAAGCAAUAU